GUUGAACGAUGAACCUUGCCACUACUUUCUCCAUCUUCUUGGAGAUAAUUGAUAGCAGUGUUACUACGGUUUGUCAUGGUAUUUGUGUAUUGCCCUAUCUCAAUGGAUAUGAAAUUGUUGUCUCUAUCCUGCCGCGCCACAACUUCUUUCUUGACCUUUGUAAUACCGGAUUGUAAAUCCUUACAAUAGCUGCUUUGUGUUCACUCUCGUUGGUUUAGUCUGACCCUGACUUAAAGAGUUGCGAGUCCAACCCAACCAGCUGAUAGUCCGGAACCCGGACUUGCAAGCUAACAAUUAAGCUGAUGAGGUCAUCACAAACUACCUUAGUUUGCCUAUUUCCAGCCACAUCAUGGUUGGUUUUUCUCGGUCUCUCUAGCCCAAACGUUCUUUGAGAGUCUAAAGUGCGAAAGAAAAUCAACAAAAAAGAAAGAAGCCAUCAAUCAUGUCCGCUGUGGCCCGCCAUGCGGCCCGAGGACUCCGAGUCCGCAUCGGAAUAUGGCACCUUACCAGGGCGUCGAUCCCCUCAUCCCGACGUGUUGCCACAGCUGCAGCCGCAAAACCAACAACAACCACAUCGUCUUCAGCAUCGAUAGUACGGAACGCUUCCUCAUACCUGUCAUCUGCCCAAGCGUCGGUGACUCCAGACGAACAUAGUUCAUCUAGCGUACCUGUCGACGUCAGCGUUGGGGCUUCUCUACGUACUCCGACAACGGAGUCAGAAGAGCCACUUCAUCAUCCAGCAGCCCCCACGCCAGCGUCCUCACGAAGGGACAUGCUCAAGGAUGCAAAACCCUUCUCCGACUUUUUGACUGACAACUACAAUCGUCAGCAUGACUACCUUCGAAUCUCAGUAACGGAGCGAUGUAAUCUUCGUUGCCUGUACUGCAUGCCUGAGGAGGGUGUCCCACUGUCGCCUCAAAAGGAGCUUCUGACUACCCCCGAGAUCGUCUUGCUCUCGUCCUUAUUCGUCUCGCAAGGCGUGACAAAAAUCAGACUCACUGGCGGCGAGCCAACGGUGCGGCGCGAUAUUGUGCCCCUGAUGCAGCAGAUAGGCGCCCUACGGCCUCACGGUUUGAAGGAGCUAUGUCUUACCACGAACGGGCUCUCGCUGCACCGUAAGCUGGACGCCAUGGUCGAGGCUGGAUUGACAGGCAUCAAUCUCUCCCUGGACACCAUGGAUCCCUGGCAGUUCCAGCUGAUGACGCGCCGGAACGGCUUUGGUGCCGUGCAAAAAUCCAUCGACCGCAUCUUCGAGCUCAACCGCCUUGGGGCCGGCAUCAAGUUCAAGAUUAACUGCGUCGUCAUGCGCAGUCUGAACGACCGCGAGGUACUCCCUUUUGUUGAGAUGACGCGGGAUAAGAACGUGGAGGUUCGUUUCAUCGAGUACAUGCCGUUUGACGGCAACAAAUGGAACAAGGGCAAGAUGUUCAGCUACCAGGAGAUGCUGGAGCUUAUUCGCUCCAAGUACCCGGACCUACAGAGGAUCCAGGGUCACAAGAACGACACCAGCAAGACCUUCCAAGUGCCCGGGUUUGCCGGCAAGGUUGGCUUCAUCACGAGCAUGACGCACAAUUUCUGUGGGACGUGCAACAGACUGCGAAUCACCAGUGAUGGGAAUCUCAAGGUGUGCCUCUUUGGCAACGCCGAGGUCUCUCUUCGCGAUAUUGUACGCAAGAUCAACCAGGGAGAACCCAUUGAUGAGGAAGCGUUUGAGGUUCUGAGGCAGGCUGCGCUGGAAAAGGCAGGCCAGGCCUUCACCGACGGGACUUCUCCAUUGCUCGCUCCCAACUCAGAGGAGCUCCUGAAUAUUAUCGGCAUGGCCGUUAAGAACAAGAAGGAGAAGCAUGCCGGCAUUGGCGAGCUCGAAAACAUGAAAAACCGACCAAUGAUCUUGAUUGGCGCCAGCGCGUUGAUCCCUCCUCCAACCUCAGCCCUCUCUCAAGGACUUGGGCACCUCCGCCUCUUCUCCACCACUCGCUCCUUCCUCUCCUCCUCCUCCUCCUCCUCCUCAGACAGCAACUCCAACCACAACAAUGCGAAGGAACAGCCCCAACUCAAGCCCAGACUUACCCACCUCACCCCCACUGGCGAAGCCCACAUGGUCUCCAUAACCACCAAGACGCCUUCCUCGCGCACCGCCGUUGCCAGGUGCACCGUACACUUCUCCAACCCGACCGCCUACCCGCUCGUCGUCACCAACUCCCUGAAGAAGGGCGACGUCUUGGGCGUGGCGCGCAUAGCGGGGAUCAUGGCGGCCAAGCGGACACCAGAUAUCAUUCCGUUGUGUCACCCGAUUCAGUUGACGCAUGCUGAGGUCGAGUUGGUACCCGUUGCGCCCGUUGCUCCGGUUGACGAUUCCGUUGCGGGGUCAGAAGAUUCGGAGAGGGGUUCAGAAAGUGCAAAGGGACAGGGAUAUGGAUACAUCGACAUCAGAGCCACCGUGUCUUGCUACGGCAAGACGGGCGUUGAGAUGGAGGCCAUGACGGCCGCGUCGGCAGCGGCGUUGACGGUGUAUGAUAUGUGCAAGGCGGUGGAUAAGGGGAUGAGGGUUGAGGGGUUAAGGGUGGUGAUGAAAGAAGGUGGAAAGAGUGGGAAAUGGGUGGAGGGGGAGAGCCCUCAGGUUGCCGCCCUAGCCUCGAGCCCCUACGGGCGCUACGGCGUAUUCCUGAGACCAUGCUUGACGGGAACGCUGAACCCCGAUGUCCCGUCCUCAGCAGCCGGCAGCCAGGGCCUACUUUAAGCGGAGGCUUGGCGUUGUUGAAAGCUAUUUGGAUGUGCAAAGCUAGCAGCUGCUUGUCCCGUCCAUUCAGGUCGUAGCGUCGCGCCGUGAUUCCUCAGAGUCAUGGAAUUGAAACCCCAAAAAGCAAUUUCGCAGUAUCGGGCCGUGAAAGUUGAAGAUUACGUUCUCCUGGUGGUUCAUCGUCGUCGUGGUUGUGUCCUUUGCCGCCCGUCGCCGACCACGAGAGUCCGGACUGGGCUCGGGUCCCUGACUGGUUAGUCACGGUAGUUGUCAUGACGUAACAAUAUCACAGGCUUUCGGUCUAAUUCCGUUGCCGCUGCCCGGGAUGUAAGUAAAUUUUGGGGGGACCUCGUAGGAGCCGUGGGAGCACGCGCAGAGCCCCAACACUGCGAGGGAUCUCCGAGACCAUUGGGUUUUUGAAGCGCAGCUGUUAUGGUCAGAGAAUGAAGUGUUUACACG